GUCCGCUCCAAUGCCACGCAGCCGCUCCUGAGGACACGCCAGCGUAGCACUCCGCGUCCACGGGAACCCCAGCCCGGCAAGGCGCCGACCGACCGCCCGGACAUGCGCAUCUCCGUCGCCGCAGACGUCGGUCCUCAAGGUCAGCCAUGGACGGCAGAUGACUAUACUGGCGUUGGCUGUAUGAUGAGUGGAGUAGCUGCGGGCAAGCAGCCGCCGUCACUAGCUGUGACAAAGCGGCAGAAGCUGGGUACUGGCAAUGUACCCCCCGCAGUCCACGGCCGUGCAAAUCCUGGCCUUCAGGUGCGACCACGACUCAGCAAUCAUCAGCGUAAUCUCAGCUUGGAUUUCCGGUCAAUGGGCAUUCUACUUCCACCUAUAUCACAGGUGACAGCAGCUACUACACUGACAAUGCAUCACCGCAAUAGGAGUCUUGACUCUGCAUUACAGAGGAUUCCUGAAGUCGAUGUAACGCCUAGUCCCGAAUGUGAACCGUCCGACGGGAGGCUGCCCAAAACAGCUGUGCCUCCCGACGUACCCGUUGCAGGAGUUGCAGUAAGGGCCAGCCCAGUCACCGGUCGAGAUCGUGAAGAGAUUGCCAGCUUGGGCUCCGAUGAUUCCGGCAUUCUUUGUGGUGGCGGUAGCAGUGACACAACGAGGGAAUCCAGUGUACACAGUAUAAGCCGCAGCCACGAGAGCCUUGAGUCAGGCUCUGGCCAGGAUCAUGUUGUCCAAGAACCGGAAGAUGUGCCGCAACUGAGUGACAGUGAAUCUUCUCCCCCAGUGUCUGUUGUGCAGGCUGCCCCACCCCCCUCGUCACAGUCUUCAUUGACAUUGUGUUGUGGUGGUGCUAAUACAGAACCUUCUGAGACUGAGAAGACUGCGAGGGAACUUUCACAAGGCAGCGGUGCAAAAGAUUUCUUAUUAAGGUUAUUUGAAAGCAAACUGUUUGAUAUGUCCAUGGCAAUCACAUAUCUCUUCAAAUCAAAAGAACCUGGAGUACAGAGUUAUUUGGGGAACAAAAUAUUCAGUUUUCCAGACAAUGAAGUAGAUUUUUACUUGCCACAGUUGGUUAGCAUGUACAUACAGAUGCAUGAUGUUGCUGAAGUAAUACACCCGUACCUUAUACACAGGUGUAGAAAGUCUGCUGACUUUUCUCUGAAGUGUGCCUGGCUCCUUGAUGCAUACAGUUCAGAUGCUCAUUUACCAUCGAAGAAAAAGUCCCAUGGAACAAAGUUGCGUAAUCAUAUUCUCUCAGAUGAAUUACGCCCUCGAGGUCAUCAACAGCAUAAACCAGACCAGCCUGCUACAGUUCCUCCUCCACCUCCUCCACCACUUCCUCUGCCAUUAUCAGUUGCUAAGAAGACACAUCAGCGAUCUCGAUCUGAUGCUACAGGACUCUUUCAGAGUUGCAAACGCAUGCUGUCUUCCGGUUCAACCAACAAAGUCUCUUUAGGUGACUUAGCAUCUGGACGUGCAUUUGACAAUGGUUGUACCUGUUUUGACACCUGUCAGGGGGUCGUUAAUGAUCUCAAAGGAAAGAAGACGGAUUGCACGUGCAAUGCUCCACGUCUGGCUCCUCAGUUGGAGUUCCUCAAGGCACUAAUAUCAAUAGGCAAACUUUUGAGCACAAUUCCAGUCAAAGAAGACAAGACUACAAGACUGCAGGCAGAGCUAUCUACAUUGAACUUGAAUCUGCCAGCACGGGUAUGGCUGCCCAUUCAUAGUGAGGUACCUCACCACAUUGUUAGAAUACCACCCCAGACUUCUGCUGUCCUCAAUUCAAAAGACAAGGCUCCAUAUAUUAUAUAUGUGGAAGUACUGGAGGUGGAUGACAUACAUACAUCACCUGUGCCAGCAAAAAUAAUGAAUACUUUGCGACCUACAAAGUCUGAGGACAACCUUGUAGCAGAAGUACAGUGUGAAAGUUUGUCUUCAUGUGCUUUUAGCAUUUAUAGUAGUCCUGAUGAUGAUACAGCAGACUGCUGGUCACAGGAGGAUGAUGAAAUAUCGCAGCAGUAUAUGCAGCUACGGAAGCCAAUGGAUCGCGACACAAUAUCGCAGCUGAGCCAAGAAUCAAGUGAUUCGAGGGAGCCACCUGUGUUUAUAGCAGCUGGUGACAUCAGGAGGCGGCUUUCAGAGUCAUUGCAUGAUCAGAGGCGAGCAGCAUUCACACAUGAUCCUGAAGACCCAUCAGCAGCUGCUCUGAAGGAGCCCUGGGAGGAAAAAGAGAGGAGGUUGCGUGAAGCUUCACCAUAUGGGCAUUUCAGUACAUGGCGUUUGCUGUCUGUCAUUGUAAAGUGUGGUGAUGACCUUCGACAGGAACUUCUAGCUUCACAGCUCCUGUCCAUGUUAAAAAGGAUAUGGGAAGAGGAAAGAGUACCGCUUUGGGUGCGUCCAUAUAGGAUUCUGUGUUUGUCUAAUGACAGUGGGCUCAUAGAAACUAUACCAAACACAGUUUCAUUACAUCAGAUCAAAAAGCACUGUCAACUUUCACUUCUUGAGUAUUUUAUUCGAGAGUACGGACCUCAGAAUUCUGAAGCAUUCCUCACUGCUCGUCAGAAUUUUGUUGAGAGCUGUGCUGCUUACUGCCUCGUCUGCUAUUUGAUUCAAGUCAAAGACAGGCACAAUGGCAAUAUCCUCCUGAAUAACGAAGGUCGUCUUAUACACAUUGAUUUUGGCUUCAUGUUGUCAACUUCACCAAGAAACCUUGGGUUUGAGAUGUCCCCAUUUAAGCUCACUCAAGAGUUUGUGGAUGUGAUGGGAGAAGAAGACAUGUUUAAUUAUUUUAAGUUUUUGAUCCUGCAGGGUUUAGUAGCUGCAAGAAAGCAUAUGGACAAAAUAGUCAGUCUUGUGGAGGUUAUGUGCUCAGAUUCCCAGCUACCAUGCUUGAAGUCUGGUGCAGUUACAGUACAAAACUUAAAGAAGCGCUUCCACAUGAGCAUGACAGAAGAACAGCUACAAGUGCUUGUAAACAAUCUUGUUGAAUCAAGCAUCCAUUCUCUCAGCACUAAGCUGUAUGAUGGCUUCCAAUAUUUCACCAAUGGGAUCUUGUGAAGUGCUGUGUUUGUGUAAAGUAUUGUUCGCAAAAGUUAAUUGAAAUUCUUGUUGUUUGCUGUAAGACAUUUGUUCCUCGCAUGUGAAAAAGUUGAUUAUUAAAUUCAGUUUUAAAACGUUCAGACAGUUUAUUAAUUUACUGCUCUUUGUAUGUUGUGUAAAUAAAAAUUGUAAAAAAUAUUUUUGUUCAUAAGGAGGAGGUGGCUGCAGAUGUGUGGACUUGCUUGACUUUACCAUGUAAAGUGUUACUGUGCACAUUUGCUAGGUAAUUCUGGCAAAUUAUAACUGAAAGGGUACUUUAUAGCAACCCUGAAUUCAAGAAAAGUCUGGUAAUACUGGACUGAACAACCUUAUUGAUCAAUAUGUUGUUUGUGGUAUUAUGAACACAAUAUUUACUGAAGUUGCAAGAAAAGUAAAAUGCUUCCCAUAUUUUAUAAUUGUUUUCUGAUGUGAUAUUAGUAUAAUAAUAAAAAAAUGAUUACAUCAGUGAGGGGUGUGCCUCAUUCUGUAAUAAAAUAUUAACACUAUAAAGUCAGGAGCAAUGGCUACUUUUCUUAGACAUGGUUGAUGAUGUUCGGAAAUUCUGAUUUACAAAUGUAUUUUGUCCUGUUACUGAAGUCAUAAAUUAUUACUGUGUACUCAAAUUUCAGGUGAAAGUAUUUGGUGUCAGAUAUUUUUGUCUUCUGCUGAGAAAUGCAAGCAGAAAUAAACCAUUCCUGGCAAUACACAGGCUUAACUUAACCAUAUUUUAAUCAUUAUACAUAUUAAGAUUUAAUGCUGAAAAAUUUUUAUGGCUCUGUGUCUUUUCAUAUGAAUAAAUGAAAUACUGAUUGUCUGACUAUGCAGAUUUCAAAAUUGCAAAGAAUUACAUCAGCAUAUUGUUAAAUACUCAUGAAGCUACAAAAAAAGAAUCCAUUUUAAUGUUCUGGAGCUCAACAUUUCAGUCAUAAAAAUAAGUGUGUGUGUGCGUGUGCGUGUGUGUGUGUGUGUGUGUGUGUGUGUGUGUGUGUGUGUGUGUG